ACAAUGAGGCUGCAUUCAUUUACCCUCAACUGCAGAGCGGCUCCUUCACCAUCGACUCUGACUGACUCACUGACAACCUGCUGAAAACACAGUGAGGACCAUCCUGCCGUCCCGAAUGGAGCUGCCAGUGUCCAGCGACGUCAUUCACCUGGCUGCAUUCAGACCCAGAGCUCCUCCGCCAGUCGUCAAUGGGAAGGCAACACAAGGCGGGGGGUUGAACGAGUCCGAUUACUAUCAGUGUCUCCGCGACGGGGGCAUCGUCGCGCCCCCUGGAUCCGAUGCUCCGACCGGCUACGAGACUCUGGACUCUCCGCCGCACUACGACUUCUACGCCAACACGGAGGUGUGGGGCCGCCGGAGACGCUUCAGGCCGUCUCUGUACCAGCUGUACGCCAACCACGAGGAUGACCUCAAACCCCCUGUGUACGAGGAGACGGCAGGUGGACAGAUGGAAGGAGGCGACAGCUCUGAGGAAGACGAGGACGAGAGCAAAGAGCCGCCGCCUGAGCCCACUCGCUUCGGCUGGGUGCAGGGGGUCAUGAUCCGUUGCAUGUUAAACAUCUGGGGCGUGAUCUUGUUCCUGAGGCUGCCCUGGAUUACUGCUCAAGCCGGAAUAGGUCUGACCUGGGCGAUUAUCCUGCUCUCCUCUUUCAUAACUGGCAUCACCGGUCUCUCCACUUCAGCCAUUGCUACCAACGGAAAAGUCAAAGGAGGUGGGACCUACUUCCUGAUCAGUCGCAGCCUCGGCCCGGAGCUGGGUGGAUCCAUCGGCCUGAUCUUCGCCUUUGCCAACGCCGUGGCUGUGGCCAUGCACACCGUGGGCUUCGCUGAGACUGUUGUGGAGCUCAUGCAUGAGAACGGAGCUGUCAUGGUGGACCGCAUGAAUGACAUUCGCAUCAUCGGCGUCAUCACCGUCACAUGUCUGCUGGGAAUCUCCAUGGCUGGCAUGGCCUGGGAAUCCAAGGCCCAGAUUCUGUUCUUCCUGGUCAUCAUGGUGUCAUUUGCCAGUUACAUCGUGGGAACAAUCCUCCCUCCUUCGCCACAGAAACAAGCCAAAGGGUUUUUCAGCUACAAAGCGGACAUCUUCGCUGCUAAUUUUGUGCCCGGCUGGCGGGGACCAGAGGGAACCUUCUUUGGCAUGUUCUCCAUUUUCUUCCCGUCCGCCACAGGCAUCCUGGCGGGAGCGAACAUCUCCGGGGACCUGAGGAAUCCAACGGUGGCCAUUCCCAGGGGAACACUGAUGGCCAUAUUCUGGACCACCAUAUCCUACCUCAUCAUCUCUGCAACCAUAGGAGCCUGUGUGGUGCGGGACGCGUCCGGCAUGUUAAACGACACCCAGUCUUCCUCCUCGUCCGACGAGGAUUGUUUGGGCUUAGCUUGUCGUCACGGAUGGGACUUCAGCGAGUGCAUCAAGAAUGACACAUGCGCCUACGGCAUCAUUAACUACUAUCAGUCGAUGAGCCUGGUGUCGGCCUUCGCCCCGCUCAUCAGUGCUGGGAUCUUUGGAGCGACUCUCUCGUCGGCGCUCGCCUGCCUGGUGUCGGCUCCCAAAGUCUUCCAGUGUCUGUGUAAGGACAAACUCUACCCGCUCAUCGGCGUCUUUGGCAAAGGCUACGGCAAGAACGACGAGCCGCUCCGAGGCUACAUGCUGACGUACGUCAUCGCCGUCUGCUUCGUCCUCAUCGCCGAGUUGAACACCAUCGCUCCCAUCAUCUCCAACUUCUUCCUGUGCUCCUACUCGCUCAUCAACUUCAGCUGCUUCCACGCGUCCGUCACCAACUCGCCAGGCUGGCGUCCGUCCUUCCGGUUCUACAGUCAGUGGCUGUCGCUGCUGGGCGCCGUGUGCUGCGUGGUGAUCAUGUUCCUGCUGACCUGGUGGGCCGCGCUCAUCGCCUUCGGCGUCGUCUUCUUCCUCCUGGGAUACACGCUCUACAAGAAGCCCGCUGUGAACUGGGGCUCGUCGGUGCAGGCGGGGUCCUACAGCCUGGCUCUGAACCAGUGCGUCGGCCUCAACCACGUGGAGGACCACGUCAAGAACUACAGACCUCAGUGUCUGGUGCUGACCGGUCCUCCCGCCUCUCGUCCAGCUCUGGUGGAUCUGGUCAACUGUUUCACCAAGAGGCUCAGUCUCAUGAUGUGCGGCAAUGUGGUCACCGCCGCUGCCUCCCCGGCCUCGACGCAGGAAGCGAGCGGCGAGCGUCACGUGACCUGGCUGAACCGGCGGAAGGUCGGGGCCUUCUACAGGGGAGUGGUGGCGGCGGAGCUGCGGUCGGGAGUCAACAUGCUGCUGCAGGGGGCAGGUUUGGGUCGGAUCAAGCCCAACGUUCUUCUGAUGGGAUUCAAGACGGACUGGCUCAGUGACGCGCCGCAGGCCGCACACGCCUACAUCGGGAUAUUACAUGAUGCGUUCGACCUACAGUACGGCGUGUGUGUGCUGAGGACGAGGGAGGGACUAGAUGCCUCUCGUCCAACUCAAUCGCACGUCAAUCCAGGCUUCGAUGGAGGAGCAGAGAACAUCAACACCAUCUCGGCCCCGUCCUGCAUUCAAACCAGCAUCACAUCUUCUGUGUCCACUGAUCCAGAUCCUCAGCCCAGCUCAGUGUUUCAGGAGAAACAGGGAAAGAAAACCAUCGACGUCUACUGGCUGUCUGACGACGGAGGUCUCACCCUGCUGCUGCCCUACCUGCUGACUCGCAGGCGGCGCUGGGGCAGAUGUAAAGUCCGAGUGUUCGUGGGAGGAGAGGCGGAAAAGAAGGAGGAGCAGAAAGAGGAGUUGUUGGAACUGAUCAAGAAGUUUCGUCUCGGUUUCCACGACGUUGAAGUUCUUCCCGACAUCUUCCAGCGUCCGCAGCCCGCGAACGUUCAUCAGUUCGAGGACAUGGUGAGUCGCUUCAGGCUGGACACCAACCCCAAGCAGGACUCUGAUUGUGGGCCGCCGGGCCAGCGGGAGGGGCCCUGGAUGAUCUCUGAGGAGGAUGUGGAGAGGAACAAGGCGAAGUCUCUCCGUCAGAUCCGUCUGAACGAGGUUCUGCAGGACUACUCCAGAGAAGCUGCUCUGAUCAUCAUCACCAUGCCAGUGGGGCGCAGAGGGGUGUGUCCCAGCACUCUCUUCCUGGCCUGGCUGGACGCCCUGUCGCGUGAUCUGAGACCUCCCGUCCUAUUGGUCCGAGGAAACCAGGAAAACGUUCUCACCUUCUACUGCCAGUGACUCGUCUCCUCGACUCUGAUGCACUUACUGUCCUGAGGUUUUUUUUCUAUCCUGUGUUGCCCGUGGCGACGCCUUGAUGACUGUAUUCAUGAUUAUCUGAUCACUUUAUUGAUUCAUAACGUGUGUCAAUUAUACGUUGUAGUCUUUUAGAGGGAGGUGCUACUGACGUCCUGGAAACAUAUACGAUACAUACAUACACAAUAUACUGUCAAAUUAUGUGCACAUUAAAGGUUUCUGCCCUUUCCCUUAAAUUUGCUUAUGGCACACAGUUAGUUAUUGUUGUAAUUAACAUGGUUUGAUUCACUCCGUGUUUCCGGAGGCAUGUGUUAUUAUAUAUAAUGAGACUGUGAGUGUGCAGCUGCAUAUUCAUCAAUCAUAAAUAGAAACUCCGCCUGUCUCAUGUUAAUCAAUAAUGUGCUGAUUCUGAGCAGCGCCACAUGUUCAACUGUGCCAGUUGAUAAAGACUUUUUGUUGUUGUUGUAUUUAUAAAUCCGUCCAGAGUUGUUGACUGAUGACUCAAAUUGUCAGAAAAUACAGAAUAAACUUGUAGUUGAAUCUA